AUGUCGCGAAGUGCGGUCCGACUUUUCCAGGAAAAGCCGUCGCCCGAACAGGUCCCGCGACGGAAAACCCGGCCCAGGUCGGCUGCAACUAGCCCGAGCGCCGUCAGAACUCCCUCAGUGGUGAGGUUUCAGAUAUGAUGCCUUUUUUCGGACUUUGGAAGCGUGCUCUAACGUACUAGGGUCCAGAAAAUUCCUUGAAGUACUUAGGAACUCCAGAGUGGUCUCUAUAGGGGCAACCUUAGAAGCCUUUGGAGGUCCCCUAUAGGGACCACUAAAGUAUUCAAAAGUGGACCCUAUAAGGGUUUUACUUCGUGGCCACUAUAGAGGUCUUGUUAGUGGUCCCUAUAGGGGGUGUUUUGUUUCCUAACACCUAUAGGGACCACUUGAGUUUUAGGGGCUGAGGUGUCAAACCCUGAACCCCUUUAGGGACCACUUUUCCUCCUAAUCACUGUAAGGACCACUUAUAGUCCCCAGAAGAAGAUCUUUGCAGUCUCAACCUUCAAAACUGUAUAGUUUUCGAGAAAUAAGGACUCAAAUUUUUGCGGAUUGAAUCUUUCUGUAUGCUUUUCUGGUACACCAAGGAUUAUUUUAGUCGGUUUUCAGAAAAUUCCAAGUAAAAAUGACCCUCCUUGUAGGUCUUAACUUUCUCCUUCAGAUCUACGUUCUGCCUGCGGCCGACCGCCCCUACAACGAGUCGCCGACGUACCGCAACAUUUCGCCACGGACCCUUGCGGAUCAGCUGCGGCGAAAUUCUUUCCGAGAACUAUUCGUUCUCAUCGAUUGCCGCUAUCCCUACGAGUACGCCGGCGGACAUAUUCGAGUCAAUUUUCGAUAUUUAUUCGAGUUCAUAUUUGGCUUGAGCCAUGGAAAAAGAGUCUUGAUACGAUAACAGAAGAAAUAGUGCCUGAUUGAUGGAGAGCGCAGACAGGACACGCCUCUUUUCUAGCCGUGAAAAUGUUAUAGUUCAUUGACCCCGAAUUGAAUCCGUCUGACAUGUCUGCGCUCUCUUCUCUCUAUCCAGGCGAGGGAAAAGAGAGCGCAGAGAAGUCAGACUUCAUCGAGUAG